CCAGACCAUAGUUCAACUUCCAGUCAUUGAAUCAACAAAGUUAUCAAUCUGUGAUUAGGAAAAUGAUUUUAAAGAAAACUUCAUUUUUAUGGACAAUUUAUAUAAUUUUUGUUUUCUCUUUCCAACUCGGACUUGUGCAAUGUGAAGAAGAUUAUUAUGAUGUUUUGGGAGUUUCAAAAGAUGCAACAAACAAAGAAAUAAGAAAAGCUUUUAAAAAAUUAGCAUUGUUGCAUCAUCCAGAUAAAAAUACAAAUGAUCCCCAAGCACAUGAGAAAUUUUUAAAAAUUACCAAUAUUUAUGAUGUUCUGAAAGAUGAAGAAUUAAGAAAGAAAUAUGAUCGAUACGGUGAAGAAGGAUUGAAAGAUGAUUUCAAGGGAGGAGGAUAUGAAAGUUACAACUUUUAUAAAGAUGAAUUCGGAAUCUACGAUGACGAUGCAGAAGUUACAACUCUCGAUAGAUCAGAUUUUGAAUCCGCUGUCAAAUCUGGAGAAACAUGGUUUGUUAAUUUCUACUCGCCAAGAUGUUCACAUUGCCAUGAACUGGCCCCGACCUGGAGAGAGGUGGCAAGAGAUCUUGAAGAUAUAGUACAUAUUGGUGCAUUUGAGUGUGGAGGAAAAAACAGGUUUUGGUGUAUGAAAAAACGUAUUAUGGCUUUUCCUCACCUUGUUGUGUAUCACAAUAGUUCACAGCCUAUACCAUAUCGUGGAGAUCGGAGCAAGAAAGAUUUGACGAAGUUUAUUAUGCAAUAUGUCAAUGUUGAAGUUGUAGAACUAUGGUCUGGAAACUUUGAUACAGAAGUUGGAAAACCUGCUCGUAAAGCAUUACCUUGGGUUGUUGCAUUCUGUGGUGGGGGAGAUGAACAUGAUGAUGAAGAACUUGAUAGUGGAGCUGAUUGUCCCACGAUGAAAACAAGAAGAAAACUUGCAGGAAUGCUGAGAAAUCUUGCAACUGUUGCAGUAAUAGAUUGUGGAACAUCUCCACAAACUUGCAAGAAGUGUGGUAAAACGGCAGGAAUUCAUUUUUAUCCAAAAGGCACUUUUCCAUCUGGAAAAGAUAAGAGUGUAGUGCUGAAUUCGCUUGAUGCCAGAGAAAUUUACAAUCAGAUAAUGAAAGAUUUAAUACCAGGUCUCCCAAAUAUUUCAAGUUCACAAUUAAAGAGCAAAGUUGGGACAAAACCAGUGUUGGUAUUUUUCAAAUACGGGAAUGAAGAGAUAGAUCAAAAAGAUACAAGUUUAAAAAAAUUACCUCUUAUACUUAAACAGCAUAAAAUCGAUGUCAGCGUAUUGGACUGCGAAAAGGAAAAGAAAUUCUGUAAAUCAAAAAUGUAUCUCCAAGAGUCAACUAUAGCUAUUUUCAAAGGAAAGGGAUUGGACAUGUUUGAAAUAUUUCACGGUCGACAAGGAACUUCUGAAUUGAGUGCUUUUGCUCAAGAAAGCUCUCGAACUAGAGUAACAACACUAAAUCCAGAAAUAUUCGACGAAGGUGAAAUCAACGAAUCUCAGAAACCUUGGUUCGUGGAUUUCUUUGCACCUUGGUGUCCGCCGUGCAGAGCAUUAUUGCCAGAACUUCGUGAAGCAUCCAUGAUUCUACCGUCAAUUAAUUUUGGAACAAUUGAUUGCACAAAAUUUUCAGAAGUUUGUAACAAUUAUGGUAUCAAUUCCUACCCAACCACAAUGUUAUUUAAUGGAAGUGUAGUCACGGAAUACAGUGGACAACACAGUUCGUAUGGAAUCAAGCAAUUCGUCGAGGAUUUAAUCAACCCUCCCUACGUCCAUCUUACCCCGAAAACUUUUAUAUCUCGCGUUCAGCAGAGACCAAAAGGGGAGACCUGGAUUGUGGAUUUCUAUGCGAAUUGGUGUGGACCUUGCCAACAACUCUUGCCUGAAUGGAGAAGAAUGGCGAAAACAUUGAACGGUUUGGUCAUGGUGGGUGCAUUAGACUGCGCAAAACCUGGACAUAAUGAUUUUUGUCGCAGACAUCAAGUGGAAUCUUAUCCAGAAAUUCGUAUUUUUCCACCUAAGAAACGAGACACACAUAGCCCACUUUACGAAGUCUAUCGUGGAUGGAACAGACAGUCAUUUAAACUUGCAAGCUGGGCAUUAAAGUAUGUGGAAACGGAUGUGGUCGAUCUGAAAUCGUCUGAUUUUCAAGGUGGUUAUCUAGUCGAUGAAGAACCUUGGUUGAUUGACUUUUUUGCUCCUUGGUGUGGACAUUGCCACGCGUUUGCUCCUAAGUUCACAAUGGCAUCGGCAAAAAUGAAAGGAAAAGUUAAAUUUGGGAAGCUCGACUGUCAAUCUCAUCCAUCAAUUUGCUCGAAGGCAGGUGUCAACGCAUAUCCAAGUGUGAGGUUUUAUCCGCCAACCAAUCCAGGAGAGAAAAAAAAGGCGAAACAUAGUAUAGAAUCCCAGGAUCCAGAUCAAAUAGUACGAGAAAUUGAAAGAUUAUUGGAGCCUUAUGAAAGAGAAAAAAAGAAAAAACAGAACCGUAAUGCUGCUAAGGAUUCUAAAAAAAUAAACGAUGAACUUUGACCCCGGUUGUGCGGGAUCAGGGAAGAAAACAAAAGCGGAUUUUGCAAUAGUGGUGUAGAAGAAUUGUUCACCAGGAGACCUUGUGAUUGACAUAUUUAAUAAAAUAAUAAAUUAAAACAAAUCAUUAUUGACUGUUAUUGUUUGUUAGUAAAUAGAUCGAAUUUAAAUUUAUAUUUUUAGCAACUUUAUUAUUUAUCCAACAAAAUGUAUAACUUUGUUGAACUAUGACACGUGACUUUUAUAUUGAAGCGAGUUGUUUAAUAUAAAAAAUGAGGCUCUCACUUUCUUCAUAGCACUUUGAAUUUGAGGCCACGUCAUGAUAAAAUUCGAUCGAAUUAGACCGUCAAAAUUUCGUUGCUUUGUUAUAAUGUGUUUUUGUAUACCUAGUAUCUUAUCUAAGAGAAGCAGAAAAUCUGCUUGGGUCAUUUAUAUUUGCUAAAGAUGGGGUUUUAGUUCAUAUUUCAUAUUAUGAACGACUGAAUUUAAAUAUAUGUAUAGGACGAGCGAUGUUUUGCCUUAUUUUGAUGGUUUUCUUUCAAUACUAGUACAGUGCUUUUGUGCCUUCAAAAUUUCAUAUAUACCUGUAUCGUGAAGUAGAUCUUAGUUUGGAUGUUCUCCUAGGUAAGAACCUGUUCCUAGAACCUGAAGACCUGUUCCCCAUUAGAUACAUGAUAUACCCUAUUUUACUAGAUAAAUUACGAAAAAUUGACUAAAAAAACAGUAAUUUCUACUGAAUGGAUUUUUCAAACACUUUUCUGAAUUUUUCGGUUUAUACUCUAGUCUAGGAAAUUGUCUAUCAUUUAGUAUUUAGUAAUGAAAAAAUAAUUUUCCGGUAUUUUCGUUGACGAGGUUUUCAAAUCAGCAGACUAGUGCAGUGCGUCAACUCUGGCUUUAUUGACUAUUUGUUUAGCACUUGUUACUAAAUGAUUGCUGCAUUAAAUUUUGGUUUACCUUACACACUAAAAAUCUUCAAUAUUGCCAAAGCAUAAACAACAUGGACAAAUCUUCAAAUUCGUGGCAUAUUGCCAUUGACGAUUUAGGUACAAUAUGACUUUCCCAUUUUUUACAUUCAUUUUCAUUAUACAUAUUACCAAUUAUGUCUUUGUGAACAUAUUCCUCGGCCAGGUCACUUAUGGUAAUUGUGUAUUUUGUUUGGCACAUUGAAUUGGUAGUGGCUCAAUUUUGAUUGGAAUAUUGCACAAGAAAGUUUUCACAAUGACCAAGUUUACUUCAGAAAAAUCAUUAUUAAUAAUUCUUGGUUGCCUGGUUUCAUAGCAUGUAUGAAUCAAAUUUGUCAACUUCGAUUUGUUCUAGUCGGCACUUUGAUUCUACAUAAUAAAGAAAGUCCAUUCUUGUAAAGUUAUUUUAUUGUACUUCGUUACUGUUUAGCAAAGAUUAUUAAUUUUCCUUUAGUUUCCUUACACACAUAUUAUCCAUAAUACACAAAAAUCAGGUUUACACGUUUGAAAACUAUUUUCAAUGUUUUUGAUUUUUUUUGUUUAUGAUUUCAUCUUAGUUAUCUUAUCAAUUCAAUUGAAAAUAUUUGGGAAGUUUAAUCAUUUACUGCGUGAAGAUAGUCUGCCCCAUCUAACCACUAUUUAAACAUCGAUUUCGUUUGACCCUUGAACCAGGAAGUAAUCCUGGCAUAUUAUGAGAUCCCAUUGAAAAAUCGAAUUCGUCUUUGCCUGGGCUGAACGGAAGUAAUUUACUUUAUAGCAUGCAUCCUAAAAAAUUCAAGACUACGCUAUUUAAGAUGAAGCUUGUUUUCUAUGAAUACCUAGGAUUUGUAAUAAACGUUUCCAAGUUUCUGAAUAAAUUCCUUGUCUUCCAGUA